CGCCGCAGCUCUCGCGUGUCUCCGCCCGCCCGAGACAGUCGCCUCCUUCCUGCUGGGGGGAAGAGGCGUGUGGGGAAGGCGGUUCGCCCUGCCCCUUCGCCUGGCUCGCACGCCGCCGCGCAGUCUGCGGAGAAGAUGGCAGCAGAGGAGGCUGCGGAGGCCGUGCUGCUCCGGCUGUCCCCCGAGCAGAGGGGGCCGGGGAAGGAGGACGAAGAGGAGGACGCCGAAGGCGGCGGCGGCGGCGAGGCUGCGGCGCUCAAUGGCAUGGUUGUCUCUGGGGGAGGCAGCAAACUGGACAUGGAAGUUACUGAGUCAGAAGCAGAAACCAAAGAAAAAGGAGCUGAAGAGGAAUCUGUAAGAGAAUCUGACAGUAACGUUUUGGAUGCAUCAUCUGAUUCUCCAAGAGAGAGACAUAUUUCAAUUCAAAGACAGCUUGCCGAUCUAGAGAAACUAGCUGAUCUGAACGAAGCUGAGAAGAGGCCCUGUCCAUUAUGUCCUGAGGAGAAAUUCAAAGCUUGCUAUAACCAUAAACUCCAUCGUCACCUCCAGAAUUUACACUGGAAAAUUUCGGUUGAAUUUGAAGGGUACAGAAUGUGCAUCUGUCACUUACCUUGUCGUCUGGUAAAGCCAAACCUCAUUGGAGACCAGACAUUUUCAAAGAUGGGGGCCCAUUACCAUUGUAUUAUCUGUUCAGCAACUAUCACACGAAGAACUGACAUGGUAGGGCAUAUUAAUCGUCAUGUAAACAAAGGAGAAACUGCAUCAAGAUUUAUUACAACUCCGGCUCCCAAGUCUUCUCAAGAAAUGCUGAAAGAAUCGGACACAGAUGUGCAAGUGCUUCCCAACUACUCUACACCUCAGAAAACUGAUUCUUACUUCAAUCCUAAAAUGAAACUCAACAGGCAAUUGAUAUUCUGUGCAUUAGCUGUUCUAUCUGAGGAACGGAAACCAAUAGAAUGUUUGGAUGCAUUUGGUGCCACUGGUAUAAUGGGAUUACAAUGGGCAAAGCAUCUCAGAAGUUCUGUGAAGGUUACUAUUAAUGAUUGUAAUGAAAAUUCUGUGACAAUGAUUCAGGAAAAUUGCCAUUUAAACAAAAUGAAAGUGAUAAUGAACACUAAGGAAGACAACACUGAUGAAGCUAUAGAAGAUGGAGAAGAGAAUAUUGGCACCAUUGAGGUGACAAAAAUGGAUGCUAAUGUUAUAAUGCAUUUGAGAUCAUUUGAUUUUAUACAUUUGGACCCAUUUGGAACUUCUGUGAAUUAUCUGGAUUCUGCCUUUAGUAAUGUAAGAAAUCUUGGAAUAGUGUCAUUGACAUCCACAGACAUCAGUUCUCUGUAUGCAAAGGCCCAAAAUGUUGCCCUGCGUCAUUAUGGAUGUAACAUCGUCAGAACAGAGUACUACAAGGAACUAGCAGCCAGAAUAGUAAUUGCUGCCGUGGCAAGAGCUGCAGCUCGUUGUAACAAAGGCAUUGAAGUUUUACUUGCAGUAGCUCUAGAACAUUUUGUUCUAGUCGUGGUCAGAGUUUUGAGGGGACCAUCUCCUGCAGAUGAUUCAGCAAAGAAAAUUAAGUAUCUCAUCCAUUGCCAGUGGUGCGAAGAGAGAAUUUUUCAGAGAGAGAGUAAUAUGUUAGAAGAAAACCCUUACCAGCAGCUACCUUGUGACUGUUACGGCAGUAUGCCUGGGAAGACAGCAGUAGUUCUCGGGCCUCUAUGGUCAGGAUCUCUCUUUAACACUGGAUUUCUCAGACGGAUGCUAUUUGAGGCUGUUCAGUAUGGUUUAGAGGAAACUCAGCCACUUUUGAAGACAAUAGUUUGUGAAGCAGAGUGCACAACUUUAAAGCAGUUUUCUGUCCACAGUUCUGUUGAUGAGAACAAACAAGAAGAGUGUGGUGUAUACAUCAAAACACCAGAUACUUCAGCAGAAUCCUACUUGGUACAUGGAAAAAGAAAAAGUAAUGAAGUGAUUCGAAAUACAGCAAAACGACAAAAAUGUGAGAACAGUGCUGAGCAUCCUGCUUUUUACUACAAUAUCCAUAGGCACAGUAUUAAAGGAAUGAACAUGCCAAAGUUAAAUAAGUUCCUAAGCUAUCUCUCUGAAGCUGGAUACAGAGUAAGUAGAACCCAUUUUGAUCCUAUGGGAGUUCGCACAAAUGCACCCCUGGCACAAUUUAAGACUAUCCUUGUGAAGUACAGCACUCCCACGUACACCGGGGGGCAGGCCGAAGGCCCUGUCCAUCGAACCGAAGAUCCCCAGGUAGGAGACCAUGUUCAAGCUGCUGUAGAUGGCAAAGCAGGAGAUGGUGAGAUUCUGGAAGAUAGUAAAUCUGGAGUUACUGCCACAAUCGCAAAAGACUGUCCCGCUCCUUGUGCGGCUGACUAAUGAAAAUCACUGUUUUGAAAUCAUGAUUUUAAAGACUUAAAGCUAUACCUAUUCAAGUAAGCUAGUACUACUUACAGAACUGGGUUUUGAAAAUCUGAGUUGUCAGCUACUAUAAUUUGUGGAGACAUUUUAGAAUUGCAUAGCAGAACUUGCCACUGCAGUGUGUGUGGCCAAGGUACCAUUAGCAUGGGAAAGUCUCUGGACAGUUUCUUGCUUUUAUGUUCACAUCCACUUUUACACUGUGGCACUGUGACUACCCUCAAAUCUUUGUAAAGUCUUACUCAAAUUGCUAGCACAGAAUCCGGAAUAGUGGAUGGGGCCAAAAGUCUUAAGCAUUUCUGAAUAUAAGCUUAAUAUAAAAUGGACUAUCAUUCCUAAAACUUGACUGGCUAGAACUCGAAGAGAGUUUCUGUUCAGAUGAUAAAACGCAGCAUGAAUGUAAGCAAGCUAGAAAGUGCUAGAGAGGUACACUCGAACUGCAGAUAGUACACUUAAUUUGGCAAUCAAUUUUGGUUUUACAGUUCUGUGUAGAAGCAAGCGAGAAGGGAAAGGAAUUAAGUUACAAAACUGUUACUUAAAUUUCAGUUCUUAACCAAGUGAUUUAUGUUUAGUCACUCUAGGUAGCUGUUAGUUCAGAGAUGGAAUCUGGUUGUUUACUGGCAAAAGGAUACGGUGACGAGAUACCACAAGCUUAAGGUCUAGGUGAAAUUUUGCAAUUAAUUUUUCGAUCUUUGUUUUUAAAAGAAAUCUCUUCUGUGAAUGAGCAAAGAUACUGUGUGUUGGUAGUCACUUCUGGUUUCCUUAAAUAAAUAUGUGGCAGUAUCCAGCCAAAUAA